AUGACCGAUGUUCAGCAGCAUAUCGGGGCUCCUGAUCCGGAGCCCCAAUCCGAACCGCGCGUGCGGAAGAGACGCCGCCGAACCAUGGCCUGUACGCAGUGUCGCAGCCGGAAGCUCCGCUGCGAUCGCGAGUAUCCCAUCUGCGGCCGGUGUCAGAAGGGAAAGUCGCCCUCCAGCUGCACCUAUGAAGAUGGCUUCCUUUGGCAGCAACCCAAUACGGUGGCAUCGCCCGCGUUCUCCGACCGAGGUUCCACAGCCAUGGCUCAACUGCCCCGAAUCGAUCGGACAAGCGCUGCCCACCCUACCCCGGACUCGGGGAUAAGCUCGCUGCCCUCUCGGCCUUUCCCGAACUCAAUGACCAGGAAACCCGGCGAGGAGAAGCGAGACCGCUUCUUGGAAACCGUCCUGGGCGCCCCCAAGGCGGCGGUGAACCAAGAACCUUAUGUGAACACCGAGGUGUUGCAGCGUCCUCGACACUCCGACGACAGUCGUCGCGCGCUUCCCUCCCGCCCUCUCGAUGAUAAUGACAGUCCUCCUUCGCCGUCGCAGCAGCUGGACCUGAUGCCUCGGAUCAUGAUGAGGGGGAAGGAAACGAAGACGCGCUUCAAUGGCUCGGGGAUUUUCGCCAAUCUCAUCGCACAGCAGUUUCCUGACAUCAAAUCGUUUGCGGAAGAGAUCCGAGUGGCUAGUCCUCAGCUUUCGGCGCUGCGACCAGAUCUGUCCCGCGUGGCGAGAGGUCUGUGGAAGAGAAAGCCCCUCAAUACACCCAUUCCGAUGCCGGACACCACUUCUUUAACCAACAUGCUGCCCUCGCGGUGGGUGGUGGACGAGCUGGUGGUUCUGUAUCUGACCUACAUCGAGUCCACCCACCGGAUUCUUCAUGUCCCCUCCUUUCUCAAAGAACUGGAUGAGUUCUGGGCUCAGAAGGAGAACCCGGACCUAAUUUCGCCGCAUUUUGUUGUCCAGCUGCUUCUAGUGCUGGCCUGCGCGUGGAAUCUGGCCGACUUUGAUUCACUUCAAGCGAAGAAUGAAUCGACGCUAGUCUGUUACACCGCCAUCGAAUGGGUUCUCCAUGCCGAAAAAUGGAUCGAGAACGCGCAUAUCAAGAGACCGGAGAUAACCACGCUGCGUCUCUAUAUUCUCCUGAUUAUCGCACAGAAUAUCCACGGCAUGAAACGUAGUAAAGCUUGGCUGGCCACGGGAACCCUGGCCAAGCAGGCCAUGUUGGCGGGGUAUCAUCGCGACCCGAGUCGGUACACCAAGAUUUCGGUGUUCAAUAAAGAGAUGCGCCGGAGGAUCUGGACAACCAUCGUGGAGCUGGAUCUCCAGAUAUCCUUGGAGCGGGGAAUGCCGCCUUCCAUCCAAGAACCCGACUACGACACAGUACCGGCCUUGAACAUCAACGAUAAUGAGAUCCACGAGGCCAGUACCGAACUUCCGCCGGGGAGGCCCUUGGACGAAUUGACAGAUUCAUCCUUCCAGUCGGUGCUGACGCAGUCGCUCCCGCUGAGGCUCAGGGCUUGUGAAUUGAUGCAUUCGCCCCGGAUCAGCUGCCGCUACGAUGAGAUACUCCGCAUGGACUGGGAGCUGAGCCGAAAUCUCUCGAACAUUCCGUUCUGGUCUACAUCCGGCGUUGAGGACGUUCAGACCCAGCACAAAAUCACCUUGAUCAAAGCUCUGCUAGAAACCAAGAUCGGGCAGAGUCUGUUGUCGAUUCACACCCCGUUUGCCAUCGAGGCGCAACGGGAACCACUUUUUGCUCCCUCUGCCCGCAGUCGCCUCGAAGUAGCCACCAUGAUCCUGGUCACCCAGCGACGGUUAUACGAAACGUCGAGGCAGCUAUCCCUCUGCAAUAUAGGUGAUUGGACCAUGCAAGCCUACUGCUCGAUUUGUCAACUUCUUCACGCCGGUAACGAAGAACAGUCCUCUUCCUCUUGCGGCACCUCUCUCGCUCGUAUGCUCCCUGGAAUGCCGGAGUCCCUUAUUUCGUUGGUAGAAACGAUCUUAAUCUGCCUAGAAGCACGCCUCCUGCUGGUGGUCAAAGGCGCCAAGGAAUAUUUCUUCAUGUCCACGAUUGUGGCAUUGGUCAAAGCGACUCUUUGGCCGGGGCAGGCGAAUAUGUACAAGCAGGAAGUUGUGGAAAGAGUGAUCUUUUUCGCGCAGACGCUCUUUACGCGCCAUGCCAACUGCGCCCAUUUGGGCGAUUGGGGAAUGGGAAGUUUCAAGACUAACCAAGUUCCAAGCUUAAAUGCAAAUCCUGGUAUGGGGCCAUCGUUCGUCCCUGACUUCAAUAUGUUCCAACCGACGGCCGAAUUCAGUAUGCUGCCAUCUGGGGACAUGGACCCGUUCCUGGACGCAUUUGACUGGACCGAUUUGACGGGAAUCACAUUUGAGUGA